CCGUCCAAUGGGAGCGGAGUUCUGCGACGCUCUGUCCAAUCAGAGCGGACCGAACGCCGGUGGGCUGGGUCUCGUGGGCUGGCACCGCAGAACCAGCGGAUCUGGGAGUCGUUAUGUUUUUCAGUGACGGGUGGAGUCGACUUCUCGUCGCAUCUCUGCAGGAACGGAGGAGGCAACCGUCUCUCUUAUCGCUCUCCCACUCACUCGUCGGCGCCGCCAGACUCACCGACGCACUCCUCGAAGAUGACGACGACGACCACCUACAAGGGAAUGGAACCCGGCGCGAAGAGCAGCUCCAGGGUACUACGACCGCCAGGUGGGGAGUCGAGCUUCUCCUUAGGCACCGAUGAAAACGGGACCCCCCAGCGCAAGAACAAGAUGGCCUCUAGCAUCUUCGCGGAACCUGACGACCCCCAUGCUCAUCGGAGGAACAAUCCACCAACUGGGGCAGCCGCAGGGACCCUGUGCGGGGAGCCCUCGGCCCCGUUGAGGCGGUGCCAGCAGCCUCUUCUCUUCCCCAAGAACCCCCAGCCGGAACUGACCACCAUCCACAACUCUGGGGCAGCCAUGGUCUGGGGCCAGAGACAAGAGGUUGAGAAUGGCCAGGAAGUCAAUGAUGAGUGUCCCGAUGAUGCGGAGGUUCAGCACGAGGAGCAAGAGCAGCAGAAGGAGGCACCACAGCCCUCUGCCCCGUCGGGAGAUGCCAUGGUCACCCCGGGUGGCCGAAGAAACCCACCUGGUGGAAAGUCCAGCCUCAUCCUGGGUUGAGACCACUUGUUUUUUUCAUUCAAACACCUUUUUUUAUUUUUUAAAGAUAAUUACCCCCCACCACUCUCUGCCUCCUCAUCAACAUGUCACCCUCUCCACAUGCACUCAUGCUGACACGUCCCUGGACACCACCCCCAUCGCUUGUCCUCACCUUCCGCCCUCAAACCUUUUUGUUUUGAUCCUUUUUUCUAUUAAAAGAAGAAAAUGUUGACAAAAGCACUUUAUGUAUUCCCACCCUCUCCUUCCAUUUCAGCCCAUCCUGUAGUGCAUCGCGCCUGCUGGGAAAGGCAUGACAUUUAGCUUGUCUCUCAUUCUUCCCUGUUGUAAAUGGUCAAGGAAAAAAAAUAAUUAAAAAAAGAUUUGAUGCGUGGAUUUCUAAAUACAAUAAAGAUUGAUAUGAAUUUG